UAGAGAGCUAUAUUGCACAAGCCGCCCCAAAGUCAACGCCAUUAAGUUGGGGACUCAAUACAUACUUCCAUCUCAAGCUCCUUUACACUAUUCUCGGAGCUCAAAAUGGUGUCAAACCCGGCAUUGCUGGCUCUAGCCAGUUUCGUCAUCUAUUAUAUCGCAUCGAGUGUCUUCUCAUGGUAUCGCAUGCGACAUAUUCCUGGGCCCAGGCUAGGUUCCUUCUCGUACCUGUGGGUUGCGCAGAAAGUCAUUCGUGGUCGGGGCAUGGAAUACGAAGAACUCAGCAAGUAUGGCCCGGUGGUGCGAGUCAGCCCGACCUACGUUGUCCUAGAAGAUCCGGACGACAUGCGCAAGCUCAAUAGUGCCCGCGACAUACCACGGGACGACUGGUACAUGGGAGCCAAGUUGGAUCCGGGAUACGACACGCUUCUCACUCAUUUGCAGCACGGACCGCACGACGCGCUCAAAGCAAAGGUGUCAUUUGCGUAUAGCGGUCGUGAUGGCAUUGAUUUUGAAGCAGGCGUUGAUGGCCAGUUAACGCACCUCGUUAAUGUGAUAAGAAAGAGGUUUCUUUCCAAGGCUGGGCAGAUAAAAUCUGUUGAUUUUGCACACUUGGUUCGUUACUUUACUUUGGACGUUAUCACCAAAAUUGGUUACGGGAAAUCUUUCGGGUUCAUGGAUGCUGAGGAUGAUUUGUACGGUUAUACGAAAGAGAUUGAAGAUAUUCUGGGUCUAGUUGCGACAGCUGGAGACGUUCCCAUACUCCGUCGCUUGUUUGUUUCUCCAUGGCUAUCGCCAUUCUUUUCUCCCAAGCCCAGCGACCCCAAAGGUUUCGGCAAGGUUCUUGGCGUUGCUCACAAGAUUGUAGAAGAUCGCAUGGAGAAAGAUGAUGUGGACUCUCCAGAUAUGAUUAGCUCUUUCAAGCGUCAUGGCCUUGAUGUCAACGAGAUCAAGAACGAAACCAUACUCCAACUGACUGCUGGCUCGGAUACUACCGCCACAGUCAUUCGUUGUACGAUGCUGUACUUGAUGACAUGCCCCAGAGUCUAUCGGCGAUUAAAGAUGGAGAUAAAGGAAGCAAUAGCUUCAGGGGUUUCCCACCCAAUCACAAACGCUCAAGCCAAGAAGUUGCCCUAUCUUCAGGCCGUGAUUUGGGAAGGAAUCCGCAUGCGACCGCCCGCGACAUAUGGCUUCUACAAGAAACUCCCGCCCAAGGGUGAGACGUUUCAAGGGACGUUUAUCCCUGGUGGCACCGCCGUGGGUUGGAACCAACCUGCCAUGAUGAAACUCGAAAGGAUUUUCGGCCAGGAUGCGCAACUCUUCCGGCCUGAGCGUUUUCUUGAAUGCGACGAAGAUAAGAGAAUGGAGAUGACGAGGGUAAUCGAGCUUGUCUUUGGCUAUGGACGUUGGAUGUGCGCCGGUAAGACGCUGGCCUUUGUUGAAUUGAAUAAAACAUUAUUCGAGCUGAUGCGAGAGUUCGAGUGGCAAUUGGUCUAUCCCGGAAAUGCCUGGACCGAAAAAGCCUACACGGUUUACCUGCAAAAGGAUAUGUGGGUAUCUAUUACCGAGGCAGAGACUGCUUAGUGUCGUGCUUAAGGGAAGGAUGGGCAUAAUUAGGCUCAAGUUGAUUUCUUACAAAGAUAGAGAGCCAUCGAUGCGAUACUAGUUCUCUUAAAGUCAUGAUUACACCAAGUAAAACUCAUCGGUACUUUUACAGGAA